AUGGAGACAGGACCGACAGCUCGUGGUGUUGUGUGUAUUUUAUUGGAGUUGGUUUUCUUAUUGACAGCUUGUACGGGACUACCUCUACCCUUAAGGAAUCUUCCAAAAAUAGCCAGUGUGUUACGUCAGGAUGUGACAGGGGAACUCAAGACCUUGAUCAGGAAUUGGGAGUUAGACUUUGUCCGACGACUAGACGGACUCGCCACAGGAAAGAUUCCGGAACUGUCGAGGGACACCGUCGGCUCCAGUGUUUGCUAUGGUGACCUCGGCUGUUUCAGUACUGGGACGCCUUUCUUUAGCCAGUACAGGCCCAUCAACUUCCUACCGGCACGUCCAGACCAGAUCGACACACGUUUCCUAUUGUAUACCCGUGGGAACAGGAACACGGUCCACUACCUCAACCCUAACGAUGUCAAUAGUAUAACCAAUUCUCCAUUUUCCGGAACUAGGCAAACGAAGUUCGUCACACAUGGAUUCUUGGAAAACGGACAAGUCGUUUGGUUACACGAUAUAAAGAAUGAGUUUCUGAAGGCCGGUGAUUACAAUGUAAUCAUUGUGGGUUGGGGUGGCGGAUCGGGGCUGCCGUACACUCAGGCUACCUCUAACACCCGCGUGGUGGGAGCUGAGAUUGCCCGAAUGAUCCAUCUUUUACAGCAACAUCGCAGAGCCCAUCCCAGCGACAUGCACGUAAUAGGCCAUAGUUUAGGGGCUCACGUGGCGGGCUACGCCGGCGCAAGGACACAAAACCUCGGCAGAAUUACAGGGUUAGAUCCUGCUGAUCCGUACUUCCAGUAUACUGACCCGGAAGUAAGACUCGACCACACCGACGCCAUGUUUGUUGAUGUCAUCCAUACUGACGGGGAGAGCAUCCUUAAGCUUGGUUUUGGUAUGAUGGAGCCCUGUGGUCACGUGGAUUACUUCCCAAAUAAUGGCGAGAACCAACCUGGCUGUAGCAAAGACGUCAUCGAAAACGUCAAAUAUGAGGGCGGUUUGUACAAUGGUGGUAAAGAGUUCCUAGCUUGUAACCAUCUACGGUCGUACAAGUACUUCAACGAGUCCAUCAACAGCGCAUGUCCGUGGCAGGGUUACAGGUGUGACAGUUUCGACAACUUUAAGCGAGGAGCGUGCAUGCCUUGUUCUAGUGGUGGGUGUGGCUACAUGGGUCUCCAUGCCGACCGGGUAAAGCCGCCACCUGGAACGCAUAAUGUCAAGUAUUACCUUGAGACCGGAAGUGAUGCUCCUUUUUGCAGGUACCAUUACUCCGUACGAAUGUCGUUUGGCAACCCGAGCGGAGCUCAGACUUGGUCCGGUCAUUUGUUCGCAUCCAUCCACGGCACGAGCGGUCAGCUGCAAAAUAUGCAACUGACUACUGAUCCGGUUUCGAUACAGCCGGGAACGACGUUUGGUUUUGUUGUGACGUCACCGACUAAUCUUGGAAGGGUCAUGGAUGUUGACGUUAAAUGGGAACAUCACCGUAACUUACUGAACCCGUUGUCAUGGAAUCCUUUUAACCUACGUCAUCCGUCUGUGUACGUGUCCCGGGUAGAUGUCGUACACGGAGAGUCCAACUCACAGUUCAGUCUGUGUGGUGCAACUAAGAACACGAAUAUUGAAACUCAGGGGACGAUGAAUUUCGCUUAUACCUGUUGA